UAUCUUGCGACUAGGAGAACACUUGUAUUCAAAACAUGGACAUGACAAGACCAAACAUGAGUACAUCAGACAAAAAAUGCGAGAAAUGGGACGGUUACUUCUGCGCUCACGGGAAGCAGGGACACUGAAAAAAAUGGAGGAUUUCUAUGUACCUUCAAAUUUCAAGUUUGUGGUUCAAGCAGUAAAGGAUGUGGCUGGCUUUGAUGAAGACAAAAACAUCUACAGAGCUCCAUCAUUGGCUCUGAAACUGGGCCAUAGUCUCAAGAAGAUUGCAGAUAUUCUUGAGUGUGAAGCAAAGAUGGCAGAUUUUCAUGAUGAGGAAUUUCUUAAGAAUCUGAAGAGAAGCCGGGAUCUUUAUGAGAAGAAAUGGGAUGUGUGCGUUUCAUCUCGUGCCCUGCAAACUCUAAAAGAAGGAAAAUGGAACACUCCUCAACUCCUCCCUUUCACCGAGGAUGUAAAAACCAUGCAUAUGUAUCUUGAUAGGUACAGAAAAGAAUACCAAACCAGACUUGCCAGUGAUCCCAAUAAGAAGAACUGGUCAAUGCUGGCCAAUUUGACUCUUUGCGAAGUGAUACUGUUUAACCGCAGGAGAGAGGGUGAGGUAUCAAAAAUGCCACUAACUGCAUUCACCCUGCGAGACACUUCAGGAGUCCAUUCGGAUUUGGCAGUAGGACUUUCAGAGUUGGAACAAAAACUUUGUCGCCAUUUCCAGCGCAUUGAAAUAAGAGGGAAAAGGAACAGAAAAGUUCCUAUCCUCUUAACACCAGACAUGCUGUCCUCAAUGGAAGCCUUGGUUUCACAUCGGCGGGCCUGUGGUGUGUCUGAUGAAAAUCCCUUUUUCUUCUCUAGACCUGAAGCAGACACUCACUUCAGGGGAUCAGAUGCCAUCAGACAGAUUGCAAAGGAAUGUGGAGCGAAGCAUCCAGAAACACUGUCCUCAACUAAGUUGAGAAAGCACGUGUCCACACUGUCCACAGUCCUAAACCUGAGAGACAAUGAGAUGGACAUCCUCGCAAAUUUUCUAGGCCAUGAUAUCAGAGUCCAUAGGGAGUACUAUAGACUGCCUGAAGGAACACUUGAGUUGGCUAAAGUCAGCAAAGUGCUCAUUGCUCUAGAACAAGGCCGACUGUCAGACUUCAAGGGAAUGAGCCUCGAUCAAAUCCAAAUUAAUCCCAAUGAAGAAAUGCAGGAAGAUGUGGAAAGUGAUCUUUCAGAGACAGAUGCAUCAAAGGAGUCAUCGUUCAGUUCCUCAACAUCGA